AUGCAUCCGGCGCCAGGUUCAGCGGCCGGCACACGUGUCCGGCCAGAGCAGAGCGGCAGAGCCGGGCCGGCGCCGCCCACAUACGGCACGCCACGCCACGCCACUGCACGGCACACCGGCGCUGCGGCGCUACCGCGGGCAGGUUUCUGGUGCGGACGCCGCUCUCCACCAAGGUCAGGCCGCCUCGCCGCAUUCCUCGCCACCGCACGGCGCCGUCCACACGCCUACUCGUCGUGUUCCCUACAGCUGCAGGUACAGGUACAGGUAGUGGCGCCCGGUCACGACUCGCGUCCCCUCGCCUCGUGCCAACAGCAGCCGCCGGACCCGGCUGCGGAAUGCGGGAAGCUCGGCAGCGCUGUUACACCUCAAGAAGUGCGACAGGUGGCCAGUGAUGAAUCACAGCUGGAAAUCCAGGUGAUCGGUAGCGGCUGCGACAGGCACGACUGCGCCGCCCGCCCGCUACAAAUGGAUCGCAGCGGCGGCGGCGGCGGCGGCGGCGGCGGCGGCGAUAGCCAUCGCGACCGGAUCGGAUGCCGCGGUUGGGCCGCCACCGCGGAGUGGAGUGCCGCCGCCGCCGCCGCCGCCGCCGCCGCCGCCGCCGACAUCUGCCCCAGCACGCCGGAGGCGCUGACGCGGCUGAUUUUACGGCCUCGUCGGUUCUCACAACUCGUUCCACAGGAAAAGCAACAGCGCCAGCACUACCGUUGCAGCCUACUUUCGUCGGUAUCGAUGCAGCGCGUUUAG